CAAAGACAUACCAUGGCUGCUGUUCAGUGAAGCCUUUCCCAGGAGCUCAGCAUACAAUGUUGACUUCCAACUGGACCCUGCUCCACCCUUCCACCUUCAUCCUGGUGGGAAUUCCAGGCCUACAGGAUGUUCAGAUCUGGAUCUCCAUCCCCUUCUGCUGUCUCUACAUCCUCACCCUCCUUGGGAAUUGUCUCCUCCUGGUAGUAGUCAAGAGAGAGCCGAGCCUCCAUGAGCCCAUGUACUUAUUCCUCUGCAUGCUGGCAGGUGCCGACCUGGUGGUCACCACCACAAUUGUGCCCAAAAUCUUGAGCAUUUUCUGGUUUGGCCAUGGAAGCAUCCAUAUAAAUGGCUGCCUGGCCCAAAUCUUCUUGCUCCACUCCUUCUCAACCAUGGAAUCAGGGUUCAUCUUGGCCAUGGCCUUUGACCGCUACAUGGCCAUUUGCAAGCCCUUGAGACAUGCGGCAGUCCUGACCAAUGAUGUGGUUGCCAAGAUGGGACUGACCAUUGUGUUACGGGGGGCCAUCCUCCUGAGCCCUCAUCCUUUCCUCCUGAAAUGGCUCCCGUAUUGCAGAGGCAACGUCAUCUUGCACACGUACUGUGAGUUCAUGGCUCUGAUGAAACUGACCUGUGUGGACACGGGGGCAGAGAGGGCCUAUAGUCUCCUGGUUGCUUUUCUAACUGGGGGGCUGGACUUGGUGUUGAUCAUCCUGUCUUACAUCCUCAUUUUCCAGGCUGUCUUCCAGCUCCCUUCCAAGGAAGCACGGGUCAAAUCCCUUGGCACCUGCGGCUCUCACGCCUGUGUCAUCCUGGUCUUCUACACUCCAGCGUUUUUCUCCUUCUUAACCCACCGGUUUGGUCACGUGGCUGCCCAUGUCCACAUUCUGGUGGCAAAUAUAUACCUGCUCCUUCCACCCAUGAUGAACCCCAUUAUUUAUGGAGUAAGGACCAAGAGAAUCCAGCAGGGCCUCUUCAAGAUCUUCUGUGUCAAAACCAGAUAAAAAGCCAGGAACUUGGAGCAUCUCUUUGAGUUCAAC